UAACGUAGACAACUUAAUUCCAACCUACCGUCUCCUAAACUUUCUCAAAAUCUCAUCAAAUAUAUCAAACCAACUAUAUUCUCCAUAAAUAUAAACCCAACCCAAGAACAUUCCUCAUUGAAGCCCCGCCACCAUGCAAAUGGAGACCCUCUCUCUCUUCCUCACUCUAACAGCAACUCUCUCAGCCUAUUUCCUCUGGUUUCUCCUCCUCGCCCGAACCCUAACCGGUCCAACACCCUUCCCCUUCCUCGGCAGCCUCCCCCAGCUUUUCCACAACCGCCACCGUGUCCACGACUGGAUCGCCGCCAACCUACGCGCUGCUGGCUCCUCCGCCACCUACCAAACGUGUAUCAUCCCCUUCCCCUUCUUGGCACGUAGCCAAGGGUUCUACACCGUGACGUGCCACCCCAAGAACCUCGAGCACGUCCUCCGCACGCGCUUCGACAACUACCCCAAGGGCCCCAGGUGGCACGCCGCCUUCCACGACCUCCUCGGCCACGGCAUCUUCAACAGCGACGGCGACACCUGGCUCAUGCAGCGUAAAACCGCGGCUCUCGAGUUCACCACACGCACUCUGAAACAUGCCAUGUCUCGGUGGGUUAACCGCUCCAUCAAGAAUCGGCUGUGGUGCAUCAUGGACAAAGCUGAGAAAGAUAGCGUCUCCGUGGACCUACAAGACCUUCUUCUGCGCUUGACCUUUGAUAAUAUCUGCGGACUUACCUUCGGUAAAGACCCCGAAACUCUUUCCCCCGACCUUCCCGAAAACCCCUUCGCCGUUGCUUUUGACACCGCCACUGAAGCCACCAUGCACAGAUUCCUCUACCCGGGUAUAGUGUGGAGGUUCCAGAAGCUUCUGUGCAUUGGAUCCGAAAAGAGGUUAAAGGAGAGCCUCCGAGUGGUGGAAACCUACAUGAACGACGCCGUUGCGGAUCGCAGGGAAACUCCUUCCGACGACUUGCUCUCGCGUUUCAUGAAGAAGCGUGACGCAGCCGGCAAACCCUUCUCUUCCGCUGCGCUUCAACGCAUCGUCCUUAACUUCGUCCUCGCGGGCAGGGACACCUCAUCGGUGGCCCUCACCUGGUUCUUCUGGCUCCUCAUGAAACACCCUCACGUGGAGGAAAAGCUCAUGCAAGAGAUCACAACGGUUCUCUCCGACACACGUGGUGGAGACCGCCGCCGGUGGACAGAGGACCCCCUUGACUUUGGUGAGGCGGAUCGGCUGGUGUACCUGAAGGCCGCACUGGCGGAGACACUGCGUCUGUACCCGUCAGUGCCGCAGGACUUCAAGCAGGCCGUCGACGAUGACGUUCUGCCGGACGGGACAGUGGUUCCGGCGGGGUCGACGGUGACGUACUCUAUAUACUCUGCUGGGAGGCUGGAGACGAUUUGGGGCGAGGAUUGCAUGGACUUUAAACCAGAGAGGUGGCUUUCGGUUCGCGGGGAUCGGUUUGAACCGCCAAAGGAUGGGUUCAAGUUCGUGGCUUUCAACGCUGGACCGAGAACUUGUUUGGGCAAGGACUUAGCAUACCUGCAGAUGAAAUCAGUGGCCGCCGCUGUGCUCUUGCGUUACCGGCUAUCGCUAGUUCCCGGUCACCGGGUGGAGCAGAAGAUGUCACUCACUCUUUUCAUGAAGAAUGGGCUCAAGGUGUUCUUGCAUCCACGUAAGCUCCAAGGUGGGCCAGGUGUUGCCACGUCGUCAUAAAAACGAGGUUGUCUUCGUCAUUGUGCUGCAUGUAUCCACCGAGGUGGUGACAUUGAAUGUCUAUAUGUAUUUAUGUUUUUUGUACUUGGAAUUUGGGUUGUGUAUUUAUACGUUGUGUACUAAUAGUAAGAAAAAAGUACUGUUUACUGUUUGUGGGUCAUUUAUAUUUCUUUGUUGAGAAAAUAAUAAUGUUCCAAAACUUACUUUCAU